AAAGAGCUCCAUGUCUCCUUGAUCAAGUCCCAAGGAGAUCAGUUUUCAUUGUCUCAAAGAAAAGUCACAGAGGUGUAGCCAGUGGUAAUUACCUUCAUGGAGACCGAGAGCCAUAACAGUCUUCAGGAGAGACCCACACCCUCCAGCAAUGGGAGGACAUCAGUGGAUGGCGAUAAGUUAAUCAAAGCUGUUAGAGACGAAAACAUCAACCUGGUACAGCAGUUGCUGGAAGGAGGGGCUGAUGUCAACUUCCAGGAUGAGUGGGGCUGGUCACCUCUGCAUAACGCGGUGCAAAGUGACCGGGAGGACAUGGUGGAUCUUCUGCUUUGCUAUGGUGCUGACCCGUGUCUGAAGAAGAAGAAUGAGGCCACUCCCUUCAUCAUUGCUGGGAUUGUGGGAAAUGUGAAUUUGCUCAGACUUUUCCUUUCUAGAGGAGCAGAUGUCAAUGAGUGUGAUGCUAAUGGCUUCACAGCUUUCAUGGAAGCUGCUGUGAAUGGUAGGGUCGAAGCCUUAAAAUUCCUGUAUGAGAAUGGUGCAAAGGUGAAUUUGAGUCGAAGGACAAAGCAGGAUCAAAAGAGGCUUAGAAAAGGAGGGACUACAGCUCUAAUGGAUGCUGCUGAAAAUGGACAUGUAGAUAUCUUGAAGAUCCUCCUUGAUGAGAUGGGGGCAGAUGUCAAAGCCUGUGACAAUAUGGGCAGAAAUGCUUUGAUCUAUGCAUUUAGGAGCUCUGAUGAUAGAAAUCUGGAGGGCAUCACUCGCCUUCUGCUGGACCAUGGGGCUGAUGUCAAUGUGAGGGGAGAGGAAGGGAAGACACCCCUGAUCCUGGCAGUGGAAAAGAAGCACUUGGGUUUGGUGCAGAUGCUUCUAGAACAAGAAAAUAUAGAGAUUGAUGACACAGACAGGGAGGGCAAAACAGCGCUUCUGUUGGCCGUCCAAUACAGCCUGAAGGACACUGCCCAACUGUUAUGCGAGAAAGGAGCCAGCACGGACUGUGGGGAUCUGGUGAUGAAAGCAAGGCGCAACUAUGACCCUUUCCUGGUAAAGCUGCUUCUCUCUUAUGGAGCCAGAGAAGUUUGCCCCCCUCCUGCUGAAGACUGGAAGCCUCAGAGCUCUCGCUGGGGGAAGGCCUUGGAACAUCUCUGCAGAAUAUACCGCCCUAUGAUCGGCAACCUCAAGAUCUUUAUUGAUGAAGAAUAUAAAAUUGCUGACACUUCUGAAGGGGGCAUCUACCUUGGGUUCUAUGAAGGGCAGGAAGUAGCUGUGAAGCGAUUCUAUGAAGGCAGCACCCGUGGACAACAGGAAGUCUCCUGUCUGCAGAGCAGCCGAGCAAACAGUGACUUGGUGACGUUCUAUGGGAGUGAGAGCCACAAGGGCUGUCUGUAUGUGUGUCUUGCCCUCUGCGAGCGGACACUGGAGGAACACCUGACCACGCACCGUGGGGAGGCUGUGGAAAAUGAGGAAGAUGAGUUUGCUCGAAACGUCCUCUUGUCUGUGUUUAAGGCUGUUGAAGAACUCCAUCUGCGGUGUGGAUACACCCACCAGGAUCUGCACCCCCGGAACAUCUUCAUAGAUUCCAAGAAUGCUGUUUGCCUGGCAGAUUUUAACGAAAGCAUCAAGUGGGCUGGAGAGCCGCAGGAAAUCAGGAGUGAUCUACAGGCCCUUGGACGGCUGGUCCUCUAUGUGGUAAGGAAGGGAGCGUUCCCUUUUGAGACACUGAAGACAAAAAGUAAUGAAGAGGUGAUUGAACUUUCUCCAGAUGAGGAAACUCGGGACCUCAUUCGUGAGCUGUUUAACCCUGGAGACAACGUGCAGGGGCACCUGAGUGGCCUGCUGGGUCAUCCCUUCUUUUGGAGUUGGGAGAACCGCUAUAGGACCCUUAGGGAUGUGGGAAAUGAAUCUGACAUUAAAAGGCAAUUGGAAGAAAGCAAGAUUGUCCAACUUCUGCAACCUGAAAAAUCUGAAUGUUCCAAAAGUUUUGCCCGGUGGACUUCCAAGAUGGACAAGUAUGUUAUGGAUGAAAUGAAUAACUUUUAUAGAAAUAGAAAGCAUGUUUAUACGGACAGUCUGAGUGACCUGCUAAAGUUCAUCCGGAAUCUGGGAGAACAUAUUAAUGAAGAAAAAAAUAAAGAGAUGAGGUUGAGAAUUGGAGAACCUUUCCAGUAUUUGCAGAGCACUUUUCCUGAUCUGGUCAUGUAUGUCUAUAAGAAACUACGGAACACAGAAUACAGAAAGCAUUUCCCAAAAACUCACAAUCCAGACAAGCAUUGGCAUGAUGAAGGUCAGCCCUGAGUGGUGGCUGAGGCUUUUGAGUACAGGGACGGACUUUAUUUAGCUGUGGGAUCCUGGACACGUCAUAACUCUCUGGGUCUCUUCACUAACCCGGUGCUUGUUAGGACGAGUUAGAUAGCGGACGUGUCAGGUCCUGGCACAGUCCUCGGUAUUCCCCACUUGUUUGUAACCAAAAAAGUAUGUGCACAAACUACCCUCCUUGUCCUUCUUACAGGCGAAGAUUAGUGGCAGGAGCUGGGGGAGGGGGCAUCCUGCUAAGAUUCCUCUUAUCAGUUGCCCCAAAAGAGUGAGUGCCUAGACCUCUAAUGCUUGAAUAUCCCGUUUGGUUCUCCCAAAGACCUUGCAAGCUACAGUUGGUUAUCUCCAUUUAAGAACUGGCAGACCUGGGACCCCUGGCGGGCUCAGUCGGUAGAGCAGGCGACUCUUGGUCUCAGGGUUGUGAGUUUGAGCCGCACGUUGGGUGUGGAGAUUACUUAAAAAUCUUAAAAAAAAAAAAAAAAGAGAAAGAAAGGAAGGAAGGGAGGGAGGGAGGAAGGAAGAAAGAAAGAAAGAGAGAGAGAACUGGCGGACUCGAGACUCAGAGAGUUUGAACUACUUGCCCAAGAUCAGUUUUUACAGAGCAUUAUAUAAAUGUGUGUGGUGUUAUUGUUAUCCCUCACAUGGGUCCUUCUUCUGAACUUAAUUACUAUCUCCCAUUCCUUCUAGAACCACCUACACUGGUUUUCCAUGACCUCAUGGCAGUAGUUCUCAACUGAGGGCAGUUUUGCCCCUGAGGGGCCAUUUGGCCGUGUGCAGGGAUGCUCUUGGUUUCAAAUCUGGGAGAUAAGGGGGUAUUAUUGGCAUCUGGUAGAUGGAGGUCAGGAAUGAUACCAAACAUUCUACGAUGCACCGGAUAGCCCCCCAACAUGGAAUUAUCCAGCCUAAAAUAUCAGUGGUACCAAGUCUGAGAAACCCUGCCUUAAGGGAUUGGGACACCUUUGAACUGACUUGGGGCCCAGGACUAUGGAUUAUGUGGACCACCUCACAGAUGAGUGACUUGGAUUCGUUUUCUUGCUUUUGAAUUUGUAGUGAAACAAUUCCAGUGUCACCUCCCCAAGAAGUCCCCCAAUACCUUUACUUUCCACACCCCAGUGCAAGUGCUCUGUCUGGCUCCCUAGCACCCGUAGCCACAUCAGAGCAUGCUCCUCUCCACCUUCUCAUGCUUCUUUCCUGCUGCAAUGUAAGAUCUCAAGGGCAAAUGAGUUAUAUAUGUGUGUGUAUAUAUAUAUAUAUAUAUAUAUAAUGAUAUAUAAUUUAUUUGUACCAUUAAUGACUAGCAAAAAGUUUGCCACAUAAAUAUUUCUUGAAAAAUGAACGAACCUUCUUCAUACAUGAAUAAUAAUGCUAUCUCACAUUUUAGUGAUGCUUUAUCAUUUUUAAUUACACCUACAUAUUUUCUCUUUUUGUUUUCAAAACAAUCCUGCGAGGUAGGUACUACUGUUCUCAUUUUGCAGAUGAGGUUAGAGACGUGUUGAUUUGCUCUAAUACACAGCUAGGAAGUACCACUGUCUUGAUUUGAACAUAUUUUCUGGCAUUAAGUCUGAUAUAUUUUCCACUUAUCCUCGUGGUGGUCAUGGUGGAGCUUUGGAAUGGGAGGAUGGGAGGAUCUGGGGAAAACAAAAAACGAAAAACACAGUAUCUUAGGUUCUUUCUGAAGAGACGAUAGCCUGAGCCAGGAGUCAUUAAAUGAUGGCAAGAAGUGUUGGAAUUUAAACUAAACAAAAUUGACAUUGAUGUCUUCCACUCUCACCUGUGAUUGGAUGGAUCAUCCCUCCUUGCUCAAAAAAAAAAAAAAAAAGGAAGUACUAGAAAAAAGAAACUUAAGACUAUUCUAUAAGGUUUUAGGAGUAGGAAGAUUGCUUUAGGUUUUAAAGUUAAGUUUUGAUUUUCUGAUUUGUAGUAAGUACCUGGAUAUGUCAAUCAAAAUGCCCACUUGUAAAGCAUAUUCAAUAAAACUUGGAAUCAUCUUA